GCCCGGAAUUUCCUCCCCACUUGUUUUCAGUCAUGCUGGGCAAGAGGAUCUUCUGUUUUUCAUGCUUGCCUGUUGUGUGGAGACUCAUGUUGCUGUUGGUUUGUAUCUGCACCUGGCUAGCAGCCCAGACCCAUGGAGCACUGGUUGUUUUUCCCAGAGAUGCUCUUAAAGAGGAUGCCAAAGAAACUAUGGGCCCCAGCAUCAGGUCAAUAAAGAAAAGAAGCACAAACCCUGCAAAUGUGGUGGAGGUGUACAGUGUGAAGGUGGACUGCACUGUGACGUCUCGUUUUGCUCACACCGUCAUGACCUCUAAGGCCCUGAACAAAGGGAACACCUCCAAGGAAAUCGUCUUUGAAAUGGACCUUCCCAAGACGGCCUUCAUCAGCAACUUUAGCAUGGAAAUUGAAGGUCAGGUGUAUGUUGGGGAAGUGAAGGGGAAAGAGAAAGCAAAGAAAGAGUAUGAGAAAGCUGUUUCUUCUGGACAAACUGCUGGAUUGGUCAAGGUUUCUGGGAGAAAGAUGGAGAAGUUUUCGGUGUCUGUCAACAUUGCCGGAAAAAGCAGCGUCACCUUCAUUCUGACCUACGAGGAGCUCCUCAAGAGGAAUUUGGGACAAUAUGAGAUUUUAACCCGUGUUAACCCCAACCAACCAGUGCAGGAGUUUCAGAUUGUGACAAACAUCUAUGAGCCCCAGGGCAUCGCUUUUGUUGAGGCCACUGCAACUUUCCUCACAAAUGAUCUGCUCUCACUUGUAGAGAAAACAGUCACAGACACAAAGGCACACAUCUCUUUCUCACCAACACUGGAGCAGCAGAGGCAAUGUCCAGGAUGUGAAGGCACCAUCAUUGAUGGAGAUUUUAUCAUAAAGUACGACGUGAAACGAGAGAAGAGCCUGGGCCAAGUUCAGAUUGUGAACGGACACUUAGUACACUUUUUCGCUCCACCUGACCUGCCCAGAGUCCCAAAGAACGUGGUGUUUGUGAUUGACAGGAGCGGAUCAAUGUCUGGAAGAAAGAUUCAACAGACCCGGGAUGCUAUGGCUGCCAUCCUGAAAGACCUCAGUGAGGAGGACCACUUUGCUCUCAUCGUGUUUGAUGAUAAAAUUAUCACCUGGAAGGACUCUCUUACCAAAGCAUCAAAGCAAAAUGUGUCCAAAGCCAUCGCCUACAUCAGCAAGCUAAAGGACGAUGGAUCCACAAAUAUCAAUGAUGCUGUAUUAACAGCAGUAAAAAUGUUGAUGAGAGAAAGAGAAAAGAAGAACCUGCCAGAAAGGAGCACGGAUAUGAUCAUUUUACUGACUGAUGGGAUGCCAAACAGUGGAGAGUCUAACCUCCAGAAAAUUCAGGAGAAUGUGCACUCUGCUAUUGGGGGGAAAAUGUCCAUGUUCUGUCUUGGAUUUGGCAAUGACGUGAGUUACUCCUUCCUUGAUCUGAUGAGCAGACAAAAUAAAGGACUGGCCCGGAGAAUUUUUGAGGGGUCAGAUGCAGCACUCCAACUUCAGGGUUUCUAUGAGGAGGUGUCCAGCCCUCUGCUCUUGGACGUGGAUCUGCAUUAUCCUGACAACGCUGUGGAAGCCUUGACUAAAAACCACUACAGCCAGUUAUUCAACGGCUCAGAGAUUGUAGUUACAGGUCGAGUGACAGACAACAACCUAGAUAACUUCUUGGUGGAAGUGUUCGCCAGGGGGCCUGAGGAGGAUUUCUCUGUGCAGGGUAAGGCCAGUGUGGUCAACUUUGAUGUGAUCUACCCAGAGCAGGACUAUAUUUUUGGGGAUUUCUCAGAGCGUUUGUGGGCCUACCUCACCAUCCAGCAGCUACUGGAGAACAGUGAUAUUGGCACUCAGCAGGAAAAAGACAAUGCCACAGCGAAGGCCCUGGAAAUGGCCCUUCGAUACAGCUUUGUCACCCCUCUCACCUCCAUGGUGGUCACCAAGCCAGAAACUGAGGAUGGACGUGAUGGCCUGCUCAUCGCUGAUAAACUGACUGAGGAUCAGCGACAGAAAGCAGAGAGGAACAUAGGUUCCUCAGCUCAUGCAGCAAGUUCAAGUGGCCAAUCUCGUGGAUCCUCAUCCAGGAGUUCCAGUCUCAUUCGUUCCAAAUCCCGUGGCUCCAGUUCUCGUGGCCGAUCAGACGUGGACGGGGAUCCUCAUUUCAUGAUCGAGCUCCCAGACAGAAACGAUGUUCUGUGCUUCAACAUCAACGACAAGCCAGGAACCAUUUUCAACCUGGUCAGAGACCCAGAAUCAGGUUUUGUGAUCAAUGGACAAAUUAUCGGCAAGAAGAAAGUUUCUCCAGAUGGAAAAAUCAACACCUACUUUGGCCGUUUUGGUAUCAUUCACCAGAAGCUGAGGGUGAGGCUGGAGGUGAGCACUCAGGACAUCUCAGUGUUUCACCAUGGCAACAAGAUCCAGCUGCUGUGGUCUGAUUCAGCCUCAAUCAAAGAAACUGAUUUUCACCUCAGGUUGUCCAAAAACUCCAGUUUGUCAGUGACGCUGAGGCACUCCAUUAAAUUUAUGAUCAUUAGACACACAAAGGUUUGGAAGAGACGCCACGACCAACAAGACUUCCUGGGUUUCUACACCAUAGACAGCCACCACUUGUCUUCCUCAGUGCAUGGUCUGCUAGGUCAGUUCUACCAUGGAGUUGGGUUUGAGAUAACAGACAUGCAUUCAGAUGAGCUUCAGGAACAUAUGUAUGCCACCAUGUUUGUGAAGGGCCAAACACUCAACGUGACCAGACACUGGCAGAUGGACUUCAGCAGGGAUCUAAAGAAUGGGGAAAGUAUUCCUUGCUGGUUUGUUGACAAUGAUGGAACAGGCCUCAUCGAUGGAAAAGCCUCAGAAUACAUUGUGUCAGGGCUUUCUAAGACUACUUUUUGAAUUUUUGAAAAUUCAAUAUCCAAGUGGCCUUGUAGAAGGGCCACUUAAUCACAGAGGGAGUUUUGUGUAUUGAGACAGAUUUCUGAGUCACGCAGUAUAGCUUCACAAAUUAUACUUCUUCAGACAACAACAUUUAUACAGGAUAAGAGCAUCUUCAUUUAAUGGCAAAACCCAAAAAUGCUUUUCAGGAACAAUUUGCAGACCUGAAUUGUUGUCUUUAAAGCUCAUAAGCUAACACGUUGUUAAACAUGGAUAUUUUUCUGGCAACGUGUUCUGCUUUAUGAAAGCGACAACACAAUGUUAAUUGUUUUAUUAAAGGAAGAAUGUGC